UAUAAGGUGUCAGGAUGUCACUGUCUAUUUCUCCAUGGAGGAGUGGGAGUAUUUAGAAGGACACAAAGAUCUGUACAAGGAUAUAAUGAUGGAGGAUCACUGGCCUCUCCUAUCACCAGUUAUGGAAGAGGGAACAACACCUGAGAGAUGUCCCAGUUCUCUUCUUCCACAGGAUAAUUCAGAAGAACAUCACUAUGUCCCACAGGAUGAUCAAGUAGAUGGAUAUAAGGACAUCAUGAUGGAGGAUCACCGGCCCCUCAUAUCACCAGUUAAGGAAGAGAUAAGAACACCAGAAAGAUGUCCCAGUCCAUUUCUUCUACAGGAUGGUUCAGAAGAACAUCACAAUGUCCCACAGGAUGAUCAGCUUGUGAAUCCGGGUGAAGAUCUGAACAAUAUUAAUCCUACAGAGACAUAUGUGAGGGGUGAUGAGCAGAGUACAGAGGACAUUCCUACAGAUAACCGCCCAGAUGACUGUUCCAGGAACUUAAUGAAGCAUCUGGUAUCUUUGGAUUUUGAAGUAGAUGACUGUGGUAUCACACAAGAUACAGUUGAAGAGCAUGCCAAUAUCCAAGAUAUAUCUUCAUCCAAUCACAGCAACAAUGCAUCAUUCGAUUCUUUUGAACAGGUCCGAUCUCCUGAUUCAUCACAGACUGUAAUACAGAAUACAAUUCACAGAAGAGGUGCUAAACAUCCAACAGCUCACGUAGAAGAAAAGCCAUUUUCAUGUUCAGAAUGUGGAAAAUGUUUUACCAAUAAUUCAGCUCUUGUUACACAUCAGAGAAUUCACAGAGGAGAGAAGCCAUUUUCAUGCUCAGAAUGUAGUAAAUGUUUUACGCAGAAAGUAUAUCUUGUUGUACAUCAGAGAGUUCACACCGGGGAGAAGCCAUUUUCAUGUUCAGAAUGUGGGAAAUGUUUUAACCAGAAAUCAGCUCUUGUUACACAUCGAAAAACUCACAGAGAAGAGAGGCCAUUUUCAUGUUCAGAAUGUGGAAAAUGUUUUAAGCAUAAAUCAAUUCUUGAUAAACAUCAAGAAACUCACAGAGAAGAGAGGCCAUUUUUAUGUUCAGAUUGUGGAAAAUGUUUUAAGCAGAACUCAACUCUCUUUUCACAUAAAAAAACUCACAGAGAAGAGAGGCCAUUUUCAUGUUCAGAAUGUGGAAAAUGUUUUAAGCGGUUAUCGGCUCUUGUUGUACAUCAGAGAAUUCACACCGGGGAGAAGCCAUUUUCAUGUUCAGAAUGUGGAAAAUGUUUUAACAAUAAUUCACAUCUUGUUGUACAUCAGAGAACUCACACCAGGGAGAAGCCAUUUUCAUGUUCAGAAUGUGGAAAAUGUUUUAAGCUGAAAUCAGCUCUUGUUGUGCAUCAGAGAAUUCACACCGGGGAGAAGCCAUUUUCAUGUUCAGAAUGUGGGAAAUGUUUUAACAAUAAUUCACAUCUUGCUGUACAUCAGAGAACUCACACCAGAGAGAAGUCAUUUUCAUGUUCAGAAUGUGGAAAAUGUUUUAGGCAGAAAUCAUCUCUUGUUGUACAUCAGAGAACUCACACAGGAGAGAAUCUAUUUUCAUGCUCAGAAUGUGGGAAAUGUUUUAAUUAUAAACAAGCUUUUGUUACGCAUCAGAGAAUUCACACAGGAGAGAAGCCAUAUCCAUGUUCAGAAUGCGGUGAAUGUUUUAAGCAGCUAUCAGCUCUUGUUUUCCAUCAUAGAGUUCACACAGGGGAGAAGCCAUUUUCAUGCUCAGAAUGUGGAAAAUGUUUUAAGCAGAAAUCAGAUCUUGUUAUACAUCACAGAAAUCACACCGGGGAGAAGCCAUUUUCAUGCUCAGAAUGUGGAAAAUGUUUUACGCAGAAAUCAACUCUUGUUACACAUCAAAAAACUCACAGAGAAGACGGGCCAUUUUCAUGCUCAGAAUGUGGAAUUUUUUUUAAUCAGAAAUCAGCUCUUGUUACACAUCAAGAAACUCACAGAGAGAAGCCAUCACAAUGCUUAGCCCUUUAGUGACCUCCCUUAUGUGUUGGU